AUGAGCAAAGACACUGGAAUCGUAGACUUUGACGUCGCUCUAGUACCUAUGCAACUGGAUGCAUUCGUUUUGAAUCCAGCCGUAUGCGGUACAGGCAAAGACGACGAUACAAGCGCACGCAUCUGUCCCAUUACUCAACCCAACUACACAUUCCUCAGACUCGACAGUUUCCUUCUUCAGAGCGAUGUUCAGAAUCAUGUUGCCCUGCACAAUACUGCCCCAGCAUCAAUCAAUUCACGCUUGACUGAUCUCGGUGGUCGUCCCAACCCGACUCCCCUGCGUCAUCGUCAUGGUGUCUAUGUCCACUGGACUCUGCCUCGUUUCUAUAGAUCUGGCGUUUCUGCAACAGAUUCUGUUCCAGAGUCUAGACGCAAGAAAGAAAGGCUUCGUCAUGGGUUGGAUGCGACUUCUGCUCCGCCUGAGGCUAAUUCUACUGGUGGUACGCCGGACUUUUUGCAGCCCCCCACACGAUGGAUUGUCGUUCGAAAGCUUGAGCUUGAUAGUAUUCAACCUUCAAGUGCCAAGGAUGCUUUCAAAGAUCGAGAGUACGAGGCGUGGGUCGUUGAAAGCGAUUUCGUCUGGUCUCUGGAAGAUAUCCCAAAUCGGGCAGAUCUUCAGACAGAUUUUGCGCCGUUCGUGCUUGGACAUGCAGGCACGGAUGUGAACAUCAAUGAACAAGCUGAAGUCUUUAUCGGACGCAAGACUCCACUAGCUGAGUGGACUGAAAACCCAAAUCCUACCGUUGAGCCCCCGGAUAUCAGUCUUCUCCGCAGCGGGAACCAGCUUUUUGCUGAUUUUCAGAUGCACAACACCAAUGUCUUCAGUAUCCUGGACAACUUUGAGUACGGAGAUAAUAAAGAUCCUUCAUAUCUUGACUAUGCCAAGGCUAGCUACUACAUUCUCGGCUGGCACUGGAAGGAUACUGUUGAUCCACUCUGGAACUCUGGUGCCAAUGUUACCCACGGAGAAAGUCUUCAGUCACUUUUCAUGACACUGCAAGGAACUGAUGAGGCAAAUCCUGAUCCUUGGAUGGAAUAUGAAAGCCAGAUUCGUAUUCUUUGCCACAGUUGCAUGUACGAUGUGACUUGGGAUCAUGAGAAUAAACCCAAGAGCGUUCCAGCAGAUGGCUUCAGUGAUCGCCUGCGUGAUCAGAGUCAGGCUGCUAUCGCAGUUGGAACAACUCCCAUGGAUGCACUAUUGGCUUAUUGUCACGCUCGUGCAAACACUGGUGAGAAUUCAGACGACGUCGCCAAGUUGGAAGAAGAUAUCUUGGCACUAGAAUCUCUCCUCCAAGCACGCGACGAUGGUGUAGAAGGACAGCGUGAAGCAAAAGAUUCAGUGUAUAACUGGUCCUACACUCGUUCUCCAGGCGGCACAAAGUAUUUCUUUGCCGAGUCCGAGAAUAGCGCUACCAAUCAACCUACUGAGCCUCCACCCGCAGCUAUUCAGGCGCUCAAUGAAUUGAACCUUACUCAAGCCCUGGUCGACUCAUGCGAGAGAGCCAUGUUGCAGUAUCGCUGGGAUAUGUUUUCACUGUGGUGGAAAUAUGCCAGCGAUUUGGGCCAGAGUGAUCAUCAAGGAAAUGACCAGAAUGAGAAGUUCAAGGCUGAUGCUGCGAGGAUUUCUACCCGCAUCAGAGGACUACAGACCCGUAUUGGAAGUCUUCAAACACGGGUUUCAACUCUGCUUACAAGGCCCUCUCUAUCUACUGUUGAAUCGACUAGUGAGCCUGUCUUUUACGGUGGUAAUGAUCCUACUGUCCUGAUUGGGGGUAUCCCAUCUGGAUGGGCGCUCGAUUAUCUUGAUAACCUUGCUAUUCGCGCACCAUACCAGACCAUCACCGCCGAUCAAUCACUUCCUACCAAUCUCAAUAGCCUUGUGGAUCUUGCUGCGUCCAAGCUACCUGGUAUCCUACGCUCUUCUGCCAAGGAUUUGCUUACCGAGUUUCAUGUCCUCCGUCCUGGAGGCGGUGACUCGGGUACACCAAGCAAAGGCAAAUUCUAUCCUCAGUUCCACGAUCAGUUGACUACUGAUGGUCGCUGGCGAGAUCAGUGGGGAGAUCGUCAGCCCUGGUUUCCACUCUAUGCGGAGUGGGAAGUAGAGUACACACAUAUUCCUUUUGAUUACUGGAAGCUGGAUGAACAUACUGCCCGACACUCUGAGGACAAACUAGUCAGAUAUGGUAUUACUGUUCCAUCAACCAGAGAUCCUCCUCCACCACUAUGGGAAUCUCUUGGGCAGAAGGAUAUUCGUAUCUUAUCAGGAAGAGUACUCAUCCUUCCCCAGCCAAGUUUUGCCUUGGGUGCCAAGAUGAAACAGCUGUUCCACAACACGCCGCCCAGCAUCCUAGAUGAGUAUCUACCAGAGGAACAGCGAAACAAUCUUCUUUCAAACAUUGGUGAACUCUCAUACUUAUCAUCACCACUGUCCGGCUUCACAAGCGGUAUCGUCACCCAAGCAGAAGGCAGCCAUCUAAAACCUGAGAACAAAGUCGUCGGUCCAGAAGGAGAGCUCAGCUACGUUCUCAACGCAGCAGCAUUUAACCAAGCCGGUCUAACGGAAGACAAUCUGAAGCUCAUCAAUGGAAACUCCGCCUUGACGCCUUACGCUGCUCUCGUCAACUUCACCGAUAGUGACAACUGUCCUUUUAAACCUGUCACGCAUGGCCAGUUCAGAUUUCGCAAGUUCAACGUUAUUGAUAAGUUUGGUCAAGCCCUCAUGGCGAUUGAUCAGAAGCCGCGCAGGGAUGGACCACCGCCUGUCUAUCCCUGUAUAAGUAACUUUUAUGCCCCGCAGGAGAUCACUGUGGAUGGGAAAAAGUAUGCCAAUACUGUGAUUCAGGAUAAGUCAGAGCAGUGCGAGUUUCUCCAGUUGCCACCGCAGAUCAAUCAGCCUGCUCGAAUCAAUGCCAAGUUCGUCAGACGCAUUUCGGAUGACCCAGAUCCUGGGUUCAGAGGCUCUGCACCUUGGCGACCAGUGACGGAAUGGGAGUCUCCAAUUUGGGGAUGGGUCAUUACCAACUACGCCGACUACGGUAUACAGCUGUUCUUACCUAAUGGUACUUUUUACCGUGAGGUUCGUGUGGGAGGUCCUUUGGGCACUCUCCAAUCACCCAAGUGGUUACCAUUCAGUCCUGACCCAGAUACCCAACCUACGCCAGAUACUCGUGAACUUGAUGCCCUCAUUUCUAGACUCGCUGAUCCCAAGUAUCUUCUCGGGUUUUGGGGUAUGAUCACUACAGCGCAGCAGAAACUGCCUCCUGCACCAGGUGCUUAUGCACAGUUUCUCAACUCCAUUGUUGGGAAACCACUUGCACUUGUCAACACUGGUUGGUCUGUUGAACUGAGUGGACCGCCUUUUGAGAUUCAGAGUACUCAGGCCAAGGUUAUGGAACCUGAGCGUACUCUGUUGAAAUCGUCGGACCCGAAUGACAAGACUCCGCAUUAUGAGCUUCAGCUACGCCUCGGUAAUGAGGAAGCGGGCUAUGAUGGACUCGUUGGUUACUUUGACACGAGUGAUACUAGCUCUGAUCAAUUGAACUAUGACAAGAUCAAGACAUUCUUCCUUCCAGAUGGAAAGCCUACUGAGCCGUUGAUCGGUCUUGAUGCAAAGGAAUAUCCCAUGUUUGAGCCAUUCUGGCAACCUCCGUUCUCCGAGACUUCAACACCUGACCCCUUCAUCUACGAAGAUAAUCGCAAUACUCGCAUGUCAAUCUUUGGCGCCAUUCUUGAUCCUUUCACGCCCGUCCAUGCAUACUCCUCUUUUCUCCCAGCGGCGGAGUUACUCUUACCACCAUGGACCUGGCAAAAGGCCAUGGACACAAUGACGGCAUUCUUCCACGCAGGACCUUUAACAAUGCCCGUCAACGACGUUCCUGAAUAUCUCGAAGCGGAAACGCUGACCACCAAAAAUUCGCGUGAUAUUCCCAAGCGGAACUUGUUACUCCCUUCUCUUGGUGGUGGAGACUGGAGUUGGUUUCAGCCGUAUGCUGAGGGACAGUCUGCGGGUGGUGAGGAUGGGAACUCUGAGGCGAUCUAUAAUCCGUUUGGGAUUGAGAAGAAGGGGGAUUUGAUGAAGCCUGGUUUUCAGGACGGUCCUUAUACGGCUAUUGAGGGAUUUCUUCAGUUGCGAAAUCCCGUCAUGGCUCCUACGGACCCUUGA